AUGUAUACAUGGAAUCGCUGCCAUCUUUGUCGUUUCCUGGCGUGGUGCAUGGCCGGCUAGAUUACUGAUUUUUAAGUAUUUGAUCGUAUUUAUGUGUUCUGUAUCUUUAGAUGUGGAAAUUCGAUAAUAAUUUUAUCAUGAGUAUGGACAGUAUCGAAAAAUUGUACAAAAAUUUUGGCAUUUUGGCUGAUGCCAAAGACAAAUUGGCUGAGCAUGAGAAAGAAUACUUAGAAAUUCUAACAGCAGUGAAAGGAUCACCUAAAGAAAAACGAUUAGCAUCACAAUUUAUUGCAAGGUUUUUUAAAUAUUUUCCAAAAUUGGCUGAUCAAGCUAUAGAUGCUCAUUUAGAUCUAUGUGAAGAUGAGGAUAUGGCUAUAAGGAAACAAGCAAUUAAAGAUUUACCAGCACUAUGUAAAGAUAAUAAAGAACAUACAGCUAGAAUUGCAGACAUUUUAGCUCAAUUACUACAAGCUCAAGAUCCAUCUGAAUUAGCUGUAGUUCAUAACAGUGUUAUGUCCCUUAUGAAAACUGAUCCAAGAGGUACAAUAAGUGGAUUUUUUAGCCAAAUUAUCAAUGGUGAUGAUGGAACACGAGAACGUUGCAUUAAGUUCCUAGCAACAAAAUUAAAAGCGAUAGGUCAUGAUGUUAUUACUAAAGAACCUGAAGAUCUUUUAAUUUCAGAAUGUAAGAAAGUGUUGCAGGAUGUCACUGCUGAUGAAUUCCACAGUAUUAUGGAAGUUCUUGCAUGGACUAGAUUAGGUUCAACAAUUAGUGGACAGCAAGAAUUAGUAGAUAUUACUGUUGAACAGGCUGAAUUAUCUGAACCAUUCAAGCAUACUAAUGUCGAACAAUGGAACAGGCUUGUACAAUGUAUUAAACAUGCACUUCCAUUCUUUAGUUCUCAAAUAGAUUCAUCGCGAUUUGUUUCUUAUAUUUGUAUACAAGUUUUACCGCAUCUUUCUUUAAUUACUUCACCUGAUGGAAGAGAUAUACAAUUGGAGUUAUUAAAGCUUCUUGCUGAAUUAGCUGUAUUUUGUGGAACAAUUGAUAAGCCAGAAGAAAAAGUACAACAACUUUAUAAUACUCUCAUUACAUAUAUGCCACUACCUCCAGUUACAGAAAUAACAGAAGUACCAAAAUUACAAUUUAGUCACGUUGAAUGUCUUAUGUAUGCUUUUCACAAAUUGUGUAAACAAACUCCAGAAUUUUUAAUGAAGGAUCCAGAACAGCUUAAAGAAUUUAGACUAAGAUUACAGUAUUUUGCACGUGGUAUUCAAGGUUAUAUAAAAAAAUUACGCGAGGCAAUCAGCGGAAAAUCGGAAGAAGAAUUGAAAUCAGAGGAAAAUCAACUAAAAGUUGUUGCUUUGAAAACAACGAAUAAUAUUAAUACUUUAAUUAAAGAUUUGUUUCAUUCACCACCUAGUUUUAAAAGUGUCAUACAUCUUUCUUGGAAAACAACAGCUAAUGAUAAAAAGAAUGAAAAACAUUCGUCUCCUCAGAAAAGACAUACACCCAUUACAUUUGGAAAUGAUAGUAAUUCAAAUAAACGAAGCAAAGAGGAUAAGAGCAAAAGAGAAUUGUAUACUCCUCCUAGUGGAAAAUACAGUUCAAACAUAUCGUCAAAUUAUGGUCGAGGUAGAUUUAGAGGAAAUAGAUCAGGUGGUCGAGGUGGUUAUAGACCAAGAGGUCGUGGAACAUGGAGAAAAAAUUUUUACUAAUUGCCUAACUGCUUAAAUUAACUGAUGAAAUAAUAAAAGCUGCAAUAACAUAAAAGACUAAAUCAGGCCUGUAAAAUGUACAUAUAAAAAUGAAGAAUGUAAAAGUGAUUAUUUACAGAAAGUGCUUUUUUAAGAGAAGUGACAAAGAAAAUACAAUUUUUGUUCUAUAAAUCUUAGUGUAAAAAAAGUGUUUUUUGUGAAGGCUUUGAGUACAUAUACUUCAAAUACAAAAUUGUAAGAAUCAAUUAUUUACUACACAGUGGCAGUCACAUUGUCUCAAUGAAAUUUGAAGAAGAGAACAUUGGUGUGAAAUAUUGUAUUAAUGGUGUUAUAAGACCUUUUUUUUUAUACAUAUUAUUAAACAACUGGAAAAUACAAUUUGGAAAACCUGAGUUCGGAAAAAGUGAACAAGUAUGUGGAAAAAAGUGGGAAGAAUGAUAUAAAUUUCACGAAGUGUUUAUUACGAAACUAUUAAUCAGAUACCUAACAGACAAUACAACAUAAAUAAAAUAAUGAAGAGAAAACGGUGUGAGGACACAAUACGUGAAUUAUUUGAAAUGAUUGAAAAAAUACUAGAUAUCACAACAAAAUAUUCCAUCUAUUUGAUACAGAAUGUUUACAAAUUCAUACUGUCUAUGACUGGUUUGUGCUAUGACAUGGAUACUUGUGUUGCACGCAUUUGCAACAGACGGGCAAUUUUUUUUGCCAUAAUAAUUUUGGACGUUAAAAUAGUAUCAAAAUGUAUUUCCCUAUCUCCUAGUUCUUCCUAUUCCUUCCUCUUGAUUAUAUCUUCUUUCUUCUGUCAACAGGAAGUGCAAGAUCAUAGCAAUCAAAGGGAUGCCAGCGGACUGUCUGAUCUUGGGAGAAUAACAAAAUCAAAGAAACUUUUAAAAACAACUUUUCUAUUUUCUAAAUUAUAAAUUAUUUAUAUUUAUAACUUUGUCUUUUAUUUACUAACUGUUUAUAUUAUUGUUAAAUGUUUUUUUGUUUUUCAACCACAUGGAUAACGUUCUCUUAUUAAAAUGAUUAAUUUAAGAACAAAAACAACGUAGGAAAAUAAUAUAAAAAUUAACAUAAAAUUAUAAAAUUAUUUAUUGAAUAAUAAAUGAAAAAAAAGUGAUUUUUCACAUCAAAAAGUUUCUUUGAUUACAUAAUAAUAAAGAUGUAUUUAUUGUAUAAAUUUUAUCUUACAGAUAAAAUGAUGCAGUAAUUGCCGACUGAUGGGUGGCAAAGCGGAACAAAAAUAAUCAUUUUUUGAUUACAGGUUGUAGGAGGUUUGAGAAGGAGACUCAUAAAGGAUGAUUAUAAUAUAUUUUUUUUUCAGGACUCAAGGCAUGGUUGUAUAUUGUCUUUUAUUUAUAUAUUGAUGGUAGCUGUUUUGUAAGGUGAGUUUAAAAACAUAUUGUGUCCUUUUCCUAUCCACCAUUGAAUAAAAAUUGUGUAAUAAUGAUCUAAUAAUUAUAAUUCAUGAAUAUAUCAUCAUUUAAUUUAAUAAAUAAUACUAUUGCAUAA